UUUAAAAGCCAAGCUUAUACAUAUUCAGCAGGUUUCCCGGUGUCCAUCUACAUAUUCAUCAUUUCCUGGAAAUUCCUUUGCAUACGGUCCCUCCCCCUGGUGCUUGUGCUGUAGUUCCUCCUGGUGGUCGUUGGAUGAAGGCUCGACGUCUUCCUUACUCUGCCCCUUUCACCCCACUGCUGCUUUGCAGAGUUACUCCGUCUUUGGCCGGCCCCUUGUACUGGUCCCUGCUGAUAAUGGAGUUUUGCCGAAUUCUUUUUCUUAUCUUGCCUUACAUUCUGCUUACCCCAGCUCCAUGCAAUAGGAGGAGCGUUUCCCACAGUGGCUGUACAUCCCAAUCCUGCUGGCAGGACUCAGCUCUCUGGCUGCAUUACAAGGCAGGCUGCUGUUCCUGACCUACAUCAUUGCAGGUCCCAAGUGCAAAAGCUGAUGGUGCAGGUACUGGGGCGGUCACACACCUUAGAGAUGCUAGAAGAGCAAAGUCAGCCUCCACCUAGGAAAAAACAGCAGCCCCAGGCUUGACCAGACCAUCUCCCUUCGCGGCUCCCUUGUGAUGCUGUCACUUCGCCCAAGCUCUCCUUGCAGACCUGUAACCCAAGCAUUCAAUGUAUGUUUUUCCCUGCACUCCCGACUGCUUGUUCUUUGGCCAGUGGAGUGGCAAGAUUCUGCAGGGCUUUGUCACAUUGUUUAUGGAUUCACUGCAAUCUAGGAAAUCAGAGCUCAAACCCAGUGCUGAGAAUUUGAGACUGUACUUCGAGCAAAAGCACAUCAUUCAGUAAAGGUUGAGCUUAGCUUCCUUUGCUGUUAUGAUACUUAGAAGAGUUCUGGGCAUUUCAGUGAUAAUAAUAAUGCCUCUGCAGAUUUAGCAACUAUGGGGCUUCAGGACUGGGAUACACACACUCUCCAAACUACCUGGGGAGCUAAUACCUUCCCCAACAGGACAGGAGAGCAGAGGGGAGGAAACAGCCUUCCUUCCCUGGAUCCAGGGUUGUCAAUUAUCCCUGUAUGAAUAUGGCAGCUGCACUGCGUUCUGGCAGCGUUGUGAGAAAUUCGUAUGGCUGCUGCUUUCAGGCUCGUCUUGCAAAGGGAGCUCUUGCUAUGAGCUGGCAUCCCCGUUCACCCUGGCACUGUAGGAGCCAGAACCCUGAAUCCCUGCUGCUAAAUCAGGGCUGGGGACUGUCUGCUGAGUAAAAAUCUGAUGGCAGCCUGAGGCGCGGCUGGGACGCAGCGAGUUCAGUCCUUUCACCUCCUGUGCUACUGUACUGGUGGGAGCUCGGGGGGGAACCGCAGCUGCUGUCUCACGUUUCAUCCCAAACAUGUCAUUUUCUUCCUCUUCUCUUUAAUCGCGGAGAUCAUCCUCAGAGCCGUUCAGAAGGCAUGGACCAAAUAAAGCCAGUGCUGGGCAGAAGGGGACCGAGGGCCAUCUGCUGGAAGGUGACCAUCACUGCCACUGUAGUGGGCAGCGUGACAGCCCUCUACCUGGGGAUCCUGCUGGCCUGUCAUCCUGCAGCAGAGACCAGCUUUGAGCACACAGUGGAGCUGCGAGGGAUCACGUUCAACAGCAGCUUGCAGGCAGAGAACUCGGACUAUUACCGGGUGCUGACGCCUGCCCUGGAGAGGCUGUUUCUGUCCAGUUUCCAGGACUCCCAGCUGGAGCGGAGCUGCACUGGUUGCACCAUCCUGGGCUACAGCAGGAGUGGGAACUCGAGUGUGAUCGUCCGUUUCCGCCUCCGCUUCGCUCCGCAGGAUUCCCAGCCCCUGAGCUCUGCCACGGAGGAGGAAGCUCUCCGACAUGGGCUGGCGGCCGCGCUGCAGGAGCAGGGUCUGUCCCUGGCUGCCUUUGGGACCAUAUCCUCAGCUUCUCUUACAGCUCCCAGCAAUGUUUCUCCAUACAGACCAGGACUGAAAUCAGGGAGCUGCCCUGGUGACAUGUUCAUGUGCCACAACACGCAGUGUGUGUGGAAAGAAAACCCUGAAUGUGACAGCCAGAAGGACUGCGCUGACGGCUCUGAUGAAAAGGGCUGCGACUGUGGGAGCCGCCCUGCCAUGCAGACUGCCAGCAGGAUAGUCGGAGGCACAGAGGCAUCCAGAGGGGAGUUCCCCUGGCAAGUCAGCCUGCGAGAGAACAACGAGCACUUCUGCGGUGCCGCAAUCCUCACGGAGAAGUGGCUGGUGUCUGCUGCUCACUGCUUUACUGAGUUUCAGGACCCGGCCAUGUGGGCAGCUUACGCAGGGACCACCUCCAUCAGCGGUGCAGACAGCAGUGCAGUGAAACUGGGCAUCGCCCGCAUCAUCCCGCACCCCUCCUACAACACCGACACGGCCGACUAUGACGUGGCCGUGCUGGAGCUGAAGAGACCCGUGACCUUCACUAAGUACAUCCAGCCCGUGUGCCUGCCGCACGCUGGGCAUCACUUCCCCACCAACAAGAAGUGCCUGAUCUCCGGCUGGGGCUACCUCAAGGAGGAUUUCUUGGUGAAACCCGAGUUCCUGCAGAAAGCAACAGUGAAGCUGCUGGACCAGGCGCUGUGCUCCAGCCUCUACAGCCAUGCCCUCACAGACAGGAUGCUGUGUGCUGGUUACCUGGAGGGGAAAAUUGACUCCUGCCAGGGUGACUCUGGUGGGCCGCUGGUUUGCGAGGAAUCUUCUGGCAAGUUCUUCCUGGCAGGAAUCGUGAGCUGGGGAAUUGGAUGUGCUGAAGCCAGGCGGCCGGGGGUUUACACACGUGUUACCAAACUGAGAGACUGGAUCUUGGAUGCUAUUUCUCCCUUUCCCACCUCCAUAACACGCACUGUCCCACUAAUACAGUCCAGUACUAACAGUAACGUUGUCACUGCUGAAGAGCUCAAUGCCACCACCAGCACAGCAAUCCCCACCUCUACACCGGCCCCAGCUGCCAGCAAACCAGCAACUUCACCCAGACCACAAGAGUGCGGAGGACGACCUGGCCUCUCUAAACCCAACAAGAUUGUGGGAGGAACUGAUGCUUCCAGAGGGGAGAUCCCCUGGCAAGUCAGCCUGCAGGAAGACUCGAUGCAUUUCUGUGGGGCCACGAUCAUUGGAGACCGCUGGCUGCUGUCAGCUGCGCACUGCUUCAACGAGACAAAUCCAGAAGAGAUUGAAGCCUACAUGGGAACGACAUCACUGAACGGAACAGAUGGGAGCGCAGUGAAAGUCAAUGUAACGCGAGUGAUCCCGCAUCCUCUCUUCAACCCUCUCCUUCUGGACUUCGAUGUAGCUGUACUCGAGCUGGCAAGACCCCUCGUCUUCAACAAAUACAUCCAGCCCAUCUGCCUCCCACUCGCUGUGCAGAAGUUUCCUGUUGGCAAGAAAUGCAUAAUUUCUGGGUGGGGAAACCUCCAAGAAGGGAAUGUCUCCAUGUCUGAGAGCCUGCAGAAAGCCUCUGUGGGCAUCAUAGACCAGAACACCUGCAACUUCCUCUACAACUUCUCCCUCACUGAGCGGAUGAUCUGCGCUGGUUUCCUGGAGGGGAAGAUAGACUCGUGCCAGGGAGAUUCAGGUGGACCCCUGGCCUGCGAGGUCACCCCGGGCGUGUUUUAUCUGGCCGGCAUCGUGAGCUGGGGAAUUGGAUGUGCCCAGGCCAAGAAACCCGGCGUGUACUCCAGAAUUACCAAACUCAACACCUGGAUCCUGGAUACCAUCUCACAGUUCCCCAGUCCCGGCACAGGCACCCCUUCCAGUUCAGCCACCACCAGAACUUCUACUGCAGACCUCGUCACACUCCAACCCAGUACAACAGCUACAAGUCCCAUCAACGGAACCACCCUGAGCAUGAAGACUACCACAGCCGUGGAAGAAACCUCCACAGCUCUGAAAAGCACUGAGCCUGCCAAGCCCACCCGAGCCCCAGUGGUGCCUUGUACCAGCCUCACCUUCAGGUGUUCCAGCAACAUCUGUAUUGGAAAAGAAAAUCCCGAAUGUGAUGGAAUUGUUGACUGCGGCAACGGCUUUGAUGAGAGCAACUGUGACUGCGGCUUAACCACUGCUCUGGCCUUCAGCAAGAUCGUGGGUGGGAGCUCUGCAGCUCGAGGAGAAUGGCCCUGGCAAGUCAGUCUCUGGCUUCGGCAGAAGGAGCACAAGUGCGGGGCUGUCCUCAUUGCUGACAGGUGGCUGCUCUCUGCAGCUCACUGCUUUGAUAUUUACAGUGACCCCAAAAUGUGGGUGGCCUUUCUAGGAACACCCUUCCUCAAUGGCAACGAUGGCAAAAUGGAGAAAAUAUUCCGUAUCUACAAGCAUCCUUUUUACAACGUCUACAGCCUGGACUACGACGUGGCGCUGCUGGAGCUGAACGCGCCCGUCAAGUUCAGCAGCACCAUCAAACCCAUCUGUCUCCCAGACAAUUCACACGUCUUCCAGGAAGGAGCCAGGUGCUUCAUCACAGGCUGGGGCUCCACCAAGGAAGGAGGUCUCAUGACAAAGCAUUUGCAAAAAGCAGCAGUGAACGUGAUUGGUGACCAGGACUGCAAAAAGUUCUAUCCUGUCCAGAUCAGCAGCAGGAUGGUGUGUGCUGGUUUCCCACACGGUACCGUCGACAGUUGCUCAGGUGAUGCAGGUGGGCCCCUGGCCUGUAAAGAACCCUCAGGACGGUGGUUUCUAGCAGGAAUCACGAGCUGGGGCUAUGGCUGCGCCAGGCCAUACUUCCCUGGGGUCUACACCAAAGUCACAGCAGUCCAGGGCUGGAUCGCUCAGAACCUCAAGCUCUGAAGCUGAAUUUCACCACUCAGGGAAGGCGACGAAUGAGAGGAAUAAUUGCCAGGGGACGCACCGACCUCACCACUACUGUACAUUUUUUGGAUGCUGCGAAGGGGUGAAGGACGGUCUGCGAGUAUGAAGCAAAUGCUCGUGUGGUGUCACCCACUGCAGCCGUGACACCGGGUUAUUUGAUAACUGCUUUGCUUAGAAAGAUGCAAUUCUAGACUUUUUUUUUUCUAUAAAUAAAUGAGACCUGUCCCAUCUUAAGACCUGACCAACAUCCUGUGCAUUAACACCUGGAGGGCUGCCACAAAACCUGCCAGAGUCACACCACAUAGGUAAGCUCUGCCUGCACACUGCCGUCCCAAAGUCAAUCCAAGAGACAAACGGGCUCGGCCGCAGCCCUGAGCUAUGCCCCUGCGGAGCCUCAGGACCUCGCUGCCGGGAUGGUGCCCCUACAUUGAGCAGUGGCUUUCAGAAAGGGCACGCUACCAUUUGUGAUCCAUGCCCGGUGUUAGCAUAUCCAGUGGCUCCCUGUGUGAUCCCAAGAGGAGCUAGGAGUGAGACACCUGGAAUUCAGCCUGCCCAGGCCCUCACCUGCAUUAGUCAGCACAGGCUUCUCACCCCCACCACAGCUCCCUCUGUGUAAGGGAACGACUGAUGAAAUUGCCAAGGGCUGUGGCACAGAUACACGGACCGCUGUUCUGAGGAAGGCAGAGGGGAAGGGCUCGAUGUACGCAGGGACAGUCCGGCCCGGCAGAGAGCUGGGGC